UUUACGUAUUGUUUAGAUUUGAAAAUACGAUAACAAUAAAGUAAAGAAAAUUGUUAAUUAAUCUUUUUAUUUAUAAAUUAUACAAAUACUAAUUUGUUUUGUAUAUUAAAGCGAAAUCAUUAAAAAAAUCUACGCAUUUUAAAACUAAAGUUCAUACGUAAUUAUUAAAAUACCUAUAUACUGCCUGCACCACCCGCCUGCGAAAAACAAAUUUUUCUUUGUUUGAUAAUAAAAAAAGUACACUAAUCUUGCACGUCAUGUCUCAAGUAGACUACAAAUACAUCUGGUCCAUAGAACCGGCGACAACUGCUGCAGCGUUACGCUCUACUUCUUCCCCACCGCAACCCUCAACAACGAUAACGAACGUAUUAAGCUCAUUGAAGAAUACCAAAGAAGCAUACUUAGAAGCAGUGCGCAUUUUACUCGUACUCUUAGAUAAUGUCCUUAAAUAUCCCAACGAACUAAAAUAUCGUACUAUACGCAGUGAAAAUAAAUCUAUUAAGGAAAAACUACUAUCCUUGGAAGGCUGUAGCCAACUAUUGACAGCUAUUGGUUUUAGACAUAGUGGCAGCGAAUAUAAAUUACCUUUGGAAGCUUCAUUAGAUGUAAUACGUGCUUAUCGUGAUGCUUUAGUAAAACGUCGUGAUUAUUGGUUGAAUCAUAAGCAGGAAAUUAUAACAGAAGUAAAUUCUAAAGCAAUGGCCCCUACGCUAAAAGCAAAUGAAAUCACGAAACCAAUUGAAGCAUCUAGACCAUAUAAACAACGAAUAACAUUUCCACGAGUAUUGCGAACUACAAAUAGUUUUCUACAAUCUUUAGAGUUAUACUCUGAUGCCGUUAUGCAGUAUGAGGAUGAAAAACUCUUAGAAGCUGGACGUGCUCUAAUACCUAUUGAUGAUUUAACACAAAAAGCUAGUGAAAAACUAAUGGCCAUGCAGGAAGCACAGCAACAGACAGCAGCUGCUGACGUUAAGGAAUUUUGCAUACGUGAUUUGAUAUUGGUGGAAUUAGUUAAUUGGUUUAAUACGGAAUUUUUCGAAUGGAUUAAUAAUAUACCGUGUAAAGUUUGUGGCAGUGAGGAAAGCAAAUUGAAACGUACCCAAACUGAGGGAGAAUGUCGGGUAGAAGUUGGCAUGUGUUGUGGCCAAGAGACAAAAUUCUAUCGUUAUAAUGAUAUAGCUCAGUUGUUGGUAUCACGCAAAGGUCGUUGUGGAGAAUAUGCAAAUUGUUUUACGUUUCUAUGUCGCUGCUUGGAUUUUGAUGCACGUAUUGUACACUCGUUAUUUGAUCAUGUUUGGACAGAGGUUUAUUCCGAAUCACAAUUACGUUGGUUACACAUAGAUCCCUCCGAUAAUGUGGUCGAUUCACCCUUAAUGUAUCAACAUGGCUGGAAACGUAAUAUCGAUUAUGUAUUUGCCUAUUCCUGUGAUGAUAUACAAGAUGUUACUUGGCGCUAUUGCAACAAUCACAAGGAUACACUAUUAAAAAGACGUUUCUGUACGGAAAAUGAAUUAAUUGAAGCGAUUAUUGCAAUACGCAAAAAAAGACAAAUGCAUCUAAGUGAAAAGCGUAAAAAGAUUUUAAGUCAACGUUGUAUGUUGGAAUUAAUUGAACUGACUGUGGAACGGCCCCCUACGGAGAAUGAAUUAAAAGGACGCAGUUCUGGCAGUUUAACAUGGCGUCAAUCGCGUGGUGAACAUAGUUUUAGUAAUAUAUAUAUUUUUACCUUAAAUGAUGAGGAAAUUGCCAGGAAACAGUUUAACUUGCGCUACUCCUGCUCUAGCGAUACCUAUGAACGUUAUUUAAAAGAUACUUCUGGUUUAAGCACUCCUAUCUCCUCUCACAAAACCUGGCAAAGUUGUCAGUACUCUUCGGAGAAUAUCUUACGCAAAGUUGAACGUGAUUGGAAAAUGGUUUAUUUGGCAAGACAAGAGGAUAGUGAUUUUGCUAAAAUUGUUUGGAAAUUUAAUUUUUCCCAAGGUAAUCUUAAAGUUAAACGUUUUAAAUUGAAUUUAGAAAAGAAAACAUUUGGCGAGGGUCAAAUUGAAGUGCUAUUAAGGGAUUGUAAGAAUAAUGUUAUUGUAAAUACUUUAGAAAAUUGUCAAGAAUUUGAAAUAUGUGCUAGAUUGUCGGGAGGUAAAGGUGAUGUUGCCUGGCAGCAUACACAGCUAUUUCGUCAAUCAUUAAAUUCCAAUGAAUAUCCUUUUGAUUUACAAAUUGAACUGGAGUAAAAUUGUUGGGGAAAAAAAUUUUAAGAAUAUUAAAGUUUUUCAAAAUAUUUCAAAAUUUUUCCCUGUGAAAUUGUAUUCGAGGAAAAAUUUGCAUGUUUUAUAAUUUAAUAAAUUCUAGUGCAAUAUGUAUUAAUAAAACCAUGUAUUAACUAAAUACUAAUCCAAUCAUAUCGCUCAUUUGCAAUAAUAUUGUUAUAGCUUAAACUAAAAACAAAUUCUGAAAAAUGUUCAAAAUUUUAAGUAAAAUGCAUAAAAUGUGAGUUAUACUGCUAUUAUUGCAAAUGUGAAAUAUUCACAAUUAUGUAUACAUACAUAUGUAUUCCAUUACGUUAAUUUAAAAAAAAAAAACAAAUUUAAAUUAUGUAACAAUAAACAAGUGUAUAAAUAUGUAUUAUAGAAAUAAA